AUGAAGGGUCGCUCACCAACAUUUGCUCACACUUACCGUGAGAAGCAUCUUUCUCAGCUGAACCCUAGCCUCGGCCUGCGUGAGCUGAUGGGCUGUGAUGACCGGGUCAUGUAUCUCAUUUCUGAGAUCGCCUGCCUUGAGUCUCUCAAGAAGGAUGGCAUGGAUGACUUCACACUAUGCCAGCAUGUCUCUGCCCUUGGAGAACAGAUUAGCUUGACCGAGAUGGGUGAUGCAGGCCCCAAGAUGCCUUUCAAUGCCAAUGGCAGCCUUUCACCUAAGCAGCUUUCUAAGAACAUGACCAUGGCCUUCCGCAUUGCGGCUCGCAUCUUCCUCUGCAGCCUGGUUCCUGGAUUCAACCCCAGACAGCCAUCCCCUAUGGGCUUGGUUGAGAAGCUGACUACGGUGCUUCAACACAUUCCCUCGGGCCCCAAUGGGUUUGACCGCAACCUUGCUUGGGUCUAUCUCAUUGGCGGCUCCAUCAGCGUUCCUGGUAGCUCAUUCCGUGCAUUCUUCGAGGACCGCCUGGCUCAGCUGGGCGACUCGGCUAGGUUUGGCACCAUGGGACGUGUAGCCACCCUCCUGCACGAGGUGUGGGUUCAGAAUGACAGCCUCUCGGGUGUGAGCACACCCGGGUCCACGACGUCUGAGGCGUCCCAGCUGCACAUCCACUGGCGGGAUGUCAUGGAAUCGAAGGGAUGGGACUUUUUGUUGAUCUGA